CGGCGCGGCGCAGCCCGCGGUUCUGAGGGCAGCGGCAGCCCCGGCCCGGCCCCCGCCUCCGGCCGCGCACCCCCGCCGGCGCUGACACUCGCGGCGAGACCCCCGGGCCGGGAACGAGGAGGAGGAGGGGCGCCGGUCGGAGCCCCGGUGCGGCUUCGGGGCUUGGAGGCGGCGGGCUCUCCCCGUGCCCGGUUGGGGCGCGGACGAGGCGCCGGGGCGCGGCGGCGGAGCGGGCCCCGCGCGGGAUGAGCCGCCGCGCCGCCAGCACUGCCGGCUCCGCGCAGGAGUGGCCUGACCUGGAGGACCCCUCCCUCUCGUGGCAAGAAAUAAGUCUUUCAGAUUGCCAUAUGCAAUGGACACUGAUCUCAGUUCCCAGGACAGGAAGGACCUGGACAAGUUCAUCAAAUUUUUUGCUUUAAAGACAGUACAAGUAAUUGUCCAGGCCCGACUUGGAGAGAAAAUCUGUACCCGCUCAUCAUCCUCCCCAACAGGUUCUGACUGGUUCAAUUUGGCAAUCAAAGAUAUACCAGAGGUUACUCAUGAAGCAAAGAAAGCCCUGGCAGGACAGCUGCCCGCUGUUGGACGGUCUAUGUGCGUGGAGAUUUCUCUCAAAACCUCAGAGGGGGACUCCAUGGAGCUGGAAAUUUGGUGUCUAGAAAUGAAUGAAAAGUGUGACAAAGAAAUCAAAGUUUCAUACACUGUAUACAACAGGCUGUCUCUACUGCUGAAGUCUUUGCUUGCUAUAACCAGAGUAACUCCAGCCUACAGACUCUCAAGGAAACAAGGCCAUGAAUAUGUAAUAUUGUACAGGAUAUAUUUUGGUGAAGUGCAACUGAGUGGCUUGGGAGAAGGUUUCCAGACAGUCCGUGUUGGGACAGUGGGUACCCCAGUGGGCACCAUCACUUUGUCUUGUGCCUACAGAAUCAACCUUGCUUUCAUGUCAACCAGGCAGUUUGAGAGGACCCCUCCUAUCAUGGGGAUUAUAAUUGAUCAUUUUGUGGACCGUCCCUAUCCCAGCUCUUCACCCAUGCAUCCCUGCAAUUACAGAGCUGGUGAGGACAAUGGUGUAGUAUACCCCUCAGUAGAAGAUUCCCAAGAAGUGUGUACCACAUCUUUUUCCACCUCUCCUCCAUCUCAGUGUGUUUUUACUGUCACAAAGGCACAUUUUCAGACCCCUCCUCCUGUGGUGACGGACACCUUGAAGGUCCCAGUGAUGGGACUAGCCUUUUCACAUCAACUUUCCAGCUCUCGUCUUUCCUAUCAGCCUGCUGCCCUGGGAGUUGGAUCAGCUGACAUGGGGUGUCCUGUACUCUUUGCUGGUGGCUUGAAUGCUGCACACCCUCACCAGUUGAUUGGUCCAGGCAAAGAAGGCGGAGUUCCCUCAGUUCCUAGCCAGCCAGCACAUGGCACUCAAGCUGACCAAGAGAGGAUGUGCACCCCACUGGAUGGAGUCCAUUACUCAGCAGCUACUCCUUCUAGUAGUGAGGACACAGAAACAGUAUCCAACAGCAGCGAAGGAAAGUGUGGCUCCCCCCAUGAUCUUUUGGAGACCAUCUUUAUCCGGAAGGUGGGAGCUUUUGUCAACAAACCCAUUAACCAGGUGACCAUGGCCAACUUAGACAUUCCUUUUGCCAUGUUUGCUCCCAAGAAUGUUGAGCUGGAAGAUAACGACCCCAUGGUCAAUCCUCCUGAAUCCCCAGAAACUGAAUCUCCUCUACAAGGCAGCUUACACUCGGAGGGCUCCAGUGGCAGCAGCACAGGGAACACCCAUGAUGACUUUGUUAUGAUCGACUUUAAACCAGCAUUUUCAAAAGAUGACAUUCUUCCAAUGGACCUGGGGACAUUUUACCGUGAGUUUCAGAAUCCCCCUCAACUCAGCAGCCUCUCGAUUGACAUUGGAGCACAGUCCAUGGCAGAGGAUUUGGACUCAUUACCAGAGAAGCUGGCAGUCCACGAGAAAAACGUCAAAGAAUUUGAUGCUUUCGUGGAAACCUUGCAGUGAAGCUGUUUCCUAGUUCUGCUGCAGCAAUUCUUCCUCCUCAAGGCAUCCUGGAGAUGACAACAAAUAUUUCUAUUGCCCCUGCUCUGCCUUUUGUUCACACUGACUAGUUCCUUCCAUCAAGUGAGCUUUCUUUGCUCUCUUCAACAACAGACACGGCUCAUCUGCUGAUUUUCCUCAACUUUUCCACCACAUAGUUCUGGACCGCUUUUCCUGCUCCAAGUCACUUUUAAGACUUCAGUAGGGAUGCAGGAAGUCAAACUCCAGUGUAUGGAAACUUAUUUUCUCCUCAGUCUGUGUUCUGUAUGGAGGGGCUUUGUGAAAAGUUGCCAUAUAGUUUCCUCCAAGGGUCCUACUGUGUAAGUUCCCUAGGUAGAGCUUCUUGCUAGCAGAUUUUUUCCUACAGUCUCUGAUCCUGUUAGAGCAUAGAAAGCUUUGGCUUAUUUCCAGGGUCUGUGAGUUCAGCAAAUUCGACAGUUUGAAGUCCAGGACAUCCAUUCCACAGAACUGGGCAUUUCAUCCUGACUUCAGAGUGCAUGCUUGAAGCCCAGGGAGAGAUGUCAGCUUUGGGACCUGCAUAAUCCAAGUUACCUUUGUUUUCCUGCUUUUAAGGAACUGGGUUUCUACAUAGUCAUUUUGUGCAAUGUUAGCCACCUCUGUUAGGUGGCUGAUAAGCAGGAGUGAAACUAUAGCAAUGCUUUCCACAUUUCCUUCCCAAGUGCACUGACACUCGGCCAUGCUGAGUUCAGCAGUGUUGACUGUUUGCAAGCCUGCACGUAGGAGCUGUGACAAUGCUGAGUUCAUAGUCUCUGCUUCUGAAACACAACUGUAAAUACUAGGAAUCCUAUUUCUUUAGGGUUAUAUAACUAGGAGUCUUAGUCCAAGAUUUUUUCCUCUAAUCCUUGCAAGCCUUCCUGCUUUAUGGUUAAUAGAUGAUCUUAAGAAUUAAAAAAUAUUUAUUGCUUUUAAAGAAACCUAUAUUUAAAAGAUGUUCUGUUUUCAUGUAGUACUGCGGGUCAUUCUGUCCUGAUCACUGCAGAGAGCAAGUGUGCCACGGAACCCUGGCCAGUGAGACUGGUUUCUCUUUGCAGGAAAAUAUCCAAGAUAUUUAUUUUCUAAGACAGACUUGAUUAAUAUUAUACUCUGUUGUGGGGACAGUGUGUCUAUUACAUCCAGUCAGGGCUCAUUGGAAUGGAUGGAAUGAAAUGCACACAUCAGUGGAAUGGAGUGGCAGGGACUUGGUAAAAAGCUGUUUUCUGAUAGGCAUGGAUAGAUUUGUAGCGUUCUUUGGCCAUUCAGAAGGCAGCUUCUUUAAAGAAGCACACUUUUUUGGGAAGCUUAUGGUACUUUUUAAUCAGCUGACUUUUGAGUAGCUGAAAUUUUAUUUUUGUAAUCAUCCAGCCAUCGACAGUGUGACUGGCUGGCAGUGCUCUGUGGGUGAUUUGGCUGUUGCAUGUCUUCUGCCUCAUGGAAGGAUGGGAAGACAAACAGUGACACUAAACAGAAACUUAGAUAAAGUGGGUUUUCUUGUGGUUCUCUCUCCUCCUCCCAUCUGUAACUAGAGUGAGCAACUGCAAGACCCCUUACUGUCCAAAACCACAUUUUUUCCCCCUUUCUUUCAAGUGGAGUUGUGUUGCUGGAGUACCAAGAAACCAUCUUCAUUUCCUCAGAAUGGCUGAGUAACCACCCAAGUUAAUGCAAUGUAGCAGCUUCUUCAGCUUAGCUGCACUCAUAGUUGAAAGAGAUUGCCUGCAGCUGAUGGCAGAACCCCAGCUCUACUCUGGAACACUAUUUCUGUGCCACUGCUGCAAGAAGCCAAAUUCAGAACAGAGCUUACUGUAAGGUCAGAGCAAUGCAGUGCUUUGAACUUGACCAGGAUUUUUUCGAGCAGUGUGUUUGGUGGGAGGCCUUGUAAACUCUAGAACUCUAAGUAAGAGCUUUACUGAAGGAAAGUUACCCACCAGAACCUUUUUAUUUUACUCAACCAAUUCAACUUUUUAGCAACCUCACAAGGAAAUUGCUUUGUCUGUGCAAAGUAAGAUGCAAACACACUUAAGAAAGCUUCCAAGAUGAAUCAGUUUAUAAGAGGGCCUUAGUUACAUGGGCUGUAACAAAUAUUUGAUCCCCAGCCAACAGCCACCUUGUUUCACAGGUGGAAAGGGUCGCAGAAGGGUGCAGGAUCACAAGGAGUUAAUGGAUCAGCUGCCUCUCACCUGUGCUCAGGCAGUCGGUCUGCCGCCUUCUAGGAAGUAGGUCAUAGCCAGGUGGUUGUCACCUUUAGUCUCUAAAGUGAUACAAUCUGGGCUGCAGAGUAGCAGAGAUGAGGCAAAGUGCUGGUUCACACAUAUGAAUGGAGAACAGUCAAGGUUAAACUUCAUCUAGCCAGCACUCCUGCUGUGCUCUUCUGCUGACAAGCUGUGCAGCUGGCAGGGAGCACUGCCAUUCUCGUUAGUCCCACCCAGGUCAGUGCUUGGACGUGUGCUCUUUUAUUGAUGGAGUUCCUAACGUGGCUACAGCUCUCACAACUCAUAAGGCAGAAUGUCACUGUGGCACGUUUUUUUCUACUUCAAAAGGCUGGAAAAUUGCCUAUAUAAGCUGCUAGUGUUGAGCUGGAUGGCCAUAGCAAUAAGAGAUUCUCCAGGGCUGAGUCACCUGCCUCUUCUCUGGACAUUCCUCGGUUUCAACACACAGUUGCUACAUCUAGGCUCUGAGUUCCCUGACCACUGCACAAAUGCUCUGCUUCAGUAAAGAUCUAGCUGCUGCUGUGGCCUGCCACAGAUUGUGUUAUGAAGGCUGUUUAUUUUAGCAGCUCUCUGCUCAGCUCAAUAUUAAGGACAGUGUGUAUGUAGCUGCUGAUUUACAGAUACUUUGGGUGGAGGGGAAGGCUCCUCAAGUGUAUUGUUUUGGAAAGUCUCCAGUGUACUUCAAAGAAUUUCCAAUAAAACUUUUAUGUAAGCAACA